GGCCCGGCCACGUGGCAGGUGAUUUUGGCCACCGGUUCGAGGGAGAAACUGGAACUGGAGCUGGGCUACAACGUGCUGGGUGAAGCUGUGGAGGGCUACGACGGCGAGGGUGAACGGAUCCUCAUUCCACCGGAGCUCAAAUCGCAGGGUUACAG